AUGACCACGACGACCUCUACGUCGGUAUUGACGUCCACCUCAAUACCGCCAAUACCAAUAUACAUAUCCAACAACCAAGGUCUAAUAUGGACGAUCCAAGACCUCGCCUUUCUCCGUACUAAACAUAUCUGCAGUGCGUUAGUAGGGACGCUGCCUAGUGCUACGCAGCAGAACGUCUUCUUGGGCUUGCCGGGGAGGUUGAUGCCUGAGGAAGUUGUUUUGCUCGUUGACCUCGGACUCGCUUACCUCGUAGACGACCCAUCUUCUUACCCUUCGCCCACACGUGGGCAGCUCGAGCAAUGGGAAGACGCACGACAAGAUGACGUUGGCUUGCAACAGGAGAAGAAGGAGGAGAAGGAGAGGAGGCCGAAGAGGGUCUUGCAGGGGGAGGCGUUGAGGAAACGGGAGGAGAGGGCUCGGAGGGGGUUGGAGGGCGUGAAGGGGAAGGAAGGGGGUGAAGAGGUUUUGCAAUUGGGAGAGGAGGAGGACGGGGAGGAACGACGACCCCCAGGGGCGAAGGAACAGCCAGCACCGACGCUACCCAACAAGUCCCCCCCGCACUGGGUAUCCAUCCCCUCCUCCUCCUUCUCCCUCCCCUGGUACGCCCCCCACCUACACUGCACCCUCCACUCCGCCCUCAAAGCCAACAUCUUCAACUACCCCAGCACCCCGCUCGAGCGAGCGAAAAGCGCCUCCUUCCGCGCACUCUGGCAAGCCGGGUACUUCCUCGGCUCUGGGCUAAAGUUCGGCGGAGACUGGCUCGUCUACCCCGGGGAUCCGCUGAGGUAUCACAGCCAUUUCGUUGCUUCGGCACGGGGCAUGCGGGAUCCCCUCCACCCGAUGGAGAUCAUCGCUUUUGGAAGAUUGGGCACGGCGACUAAGAAGGCGCAUCUGCUUUGUGCAUGGGAGGAGAGCACGGGGGACGUCGAGUUCUUUUCUGUUGAAUGGGCGAAUUUUGGCUAG